CAUUCUGAAGGAUAUAAAAGCAAGCAGUCUGUACUCUGCCUCUCCAGAAUCUUCUUAACCAUUGAUGACGGCAGAUAAACCCUUUCAAGAUUAUAAGACUUCCCAGACUAAGACUCUUCAGAACUCCAACAUGAUGCUGCUCCUCUUCCUGUUUGCUUUGGUUCUGGCUGCUGAUGGACAACAACUGACGGAACAGCAGAAUUCAAAAUGUCCUGUGUAUUGGUACAUCUUUAAUGGAGGCUGCUACAAGUACGUCGCCACCUUGAUGACCUGGGCUGAUGCAGAGCAGCACUGUGUGAACCAAGGAGCCCACCUGGUGUCCAUCCACAGUCCGGAAGAAGAGAGCUUUGUCAAAAGACUGAUCAGAUCCUUUGAUCCUACUCAGGGAGUCAACUGGAUCGGACUGUCUGACGCUCAGCAGGAGGGAAGAUAUUUCUGGUCUGACGGGUCUCGAUUCAACUUCAACUUUUGGAAUACAGGCGAGCCAAACCACUAUGGACGAUCUGAAUAUUGUGUGCACACCAACUGGGGCCCAUCCAAGGGGUGGAAUGAUAAAGUGUGCACAGAUAAAUUUGCUUCUGUUUGUUUGCUGAGAAUGUAAUUCUAUUUUAAUUGUACUGAUAAAAAACAUGAAACUGAACAUGAGUGAUAAAACAUGCCAACAUUUUUGUGCAAUUAAGUUUUUUUAGAAAG